AUGGUGAGGUGGUUUGUGGGGGGAUGGUGGGUUUUUGGGGGGGGGGGGGGGGGGGGGGGGGGGGGUUUGGGGGGGGUGGUGGUAGAUUGGGGUAUGUGGUGGGGGGGUGGUGUGGUUGGUUGUUGUGGGUGUGGGGUUGGGUGGGGUGUGUGUAUGGUGGGGGGGGUGUGGGGAUAUGGGAGGUGUGGUGGUGUUUGGGGGGGGGUGGUUUUGUUGGGGGUGGGGGUUUGUGUUUGUGGUGGGUUGGGUGGUUUGGGGGUGGGGUUGUGUAGUGGUGGGGGUGUGUGUGGGGGGUAUAUUGGGUGGGGUGGGGGGGUGGGUGGGGGGGGGUGGUGGGGGGUGUGGGGUGGGGGGUGGGUGUUUGUGUGUGGGUUGUGGUUGGGUUGUGGGGGUGGGUGGGUUUGGUGGGGGUUGGUGUGUGGGGGGGGUUGUGGUGGUUGUUUGGGUUUGGGGUUUUGGUGGUUUUGUGUGGUGGGUGUGUGUGUGUGGUGGUGUGGGUUGGUUGGGGGGGUGUUUUGGGUGGGGGGGGUGGGGGGUGGUUGGGUGGGGUGUGGGGGGGGGUGGGGGGUGGGUGGGGUGUGGGUGGGGGGGGUGGGGGGGGUGGGGGGUGGGGGGGGGGGGGGGGUGGGGGGGUGGUUUGUGGGUGGGGGUGUGUGGUUGGGGGGGGGUGUGGUUGGGGGGGUGGGGUGGGGUGGGUGUGGGGGUGGUGGGUUUGUGGGUGUGUGGGGGUGGUGUGGGGUUUGUGUUGGGGGGGGUGGGGGGGUGAUGGUUGGGUUGGGGUGGUUGAGGGUGUUGUGGUUUGUGGGGGUUGUUGGGUGUGUUGGGGGUGUUGGGGUGUUGGGUGGGGGUGGGGUUGUUGGGGGUGGUUGUGUGGGGGGGUGGUGGGAGUGUGUGGGGGGGGGGUGUGGGGUUUUUUUGGGGGUGUUUUUGGGUGGUUUUGGGUGUGGGGGGGUGGGGUGGGGGUUGGGGGGGGUUUGGGGGUGGGUUGGGGGUGGGGGGGGGGGGUGGGGGGGGGGGGGGGGGGGUGGGGUGGUGGGGUGGGGGGGGGGUGGGGGUGGUGGGUUGUGGUGUGGGUGGUUGAGGGUGUGGGGGGGGUGUGGGUGGGGGGGUGGUGGGUUUGUUGGGUGUGGGGGUGGGGAGUGGUGGGGGUGGUGGGGGGGGGGGGGGUGUGGGGGGGGGGGGGUGGGGGGGGUGUGGUGGGGUGGUGGUUGGGGGGGGGGGGGGGGGGGGGGGGUGGGGGGGGUGGGUGUGGUGGGGUGGGUUGUGGUUGUGGGGGGGGGGGGGUGGGUGGGGGGUGGGGGGGGGUGUUGGUGUUUGGGUGGUUGGGGGGGUGGUGUGUGGGGUAGGGUGGUGUGUGUUGGGGGGGGGUGGGGUGGGGGGGGGGGGUGUUUGGGGUUGGGGGGGUGGGUGGGUUGGUGGGGUUGUGUGUUGUGGGGGGGGGUGUGGGGGUGGGUGGGUGGUGGGGUUGGUGUGGUUUGUUGUGUUGGGGGUUGGGUGUUUUGUGGGGGGUUGGGUGGGGGGGGGGGGUUGUGGGGGUGGUGUUUGUGGUGUGGGGGGUGUGGGGGGGGGGGGGGGGGUGUGUGUGGUGGGUGUGGGGGGGGGUGGGGGUGGGGUGGGGUGGUGGGGGUGGUGGGGGGGUGGGGUGGGGGGGUGUGGGUGGGGGGGUGGUGGGGUAUGGGGGGUUGGUGGGGGUGGGGUGGGGGUUGGGGGUGGUGGGGUGUGGGGGGGGGUGGGUGGGGGUGUGGGUGGGGGGGUUGGGGAGUGUGGUGGGUAGGGGUGGUGGGUGUUAGUGGUUUGGGUGGUUGGUUGGGUGGGUUUGGUGGGGGAUGGUUUUUUUUUGUUUGGGGGUGGUUUUGUGUGAUAGGGGGGGGUGUUGGGGGGGGUGGGUAG